AUGGAACCAGACAUGUCAAUGCUAAGCAGCGAGCCUCCCGUAGGCGAAUCUAUGCGCUUGCUGUCCUCUCUUGUCUUGGAUAAUACCAAUGAUGAAGCCGCGAGGGAUGAGCCAUUGAGAGAGGAUGUUUACGACGAUCAUCUAGAAGACUCUGACGAAGAUGGCAUGCCACUUGAAAAUACCGGCAGCAGUAACAAUCUGAACUUGUCACAGAAACAUCGCUCAGACAAAGAUGCAUUUGAAUCCUGGCUGGCUCAGAACAGAGUGAGCAUCACCGACUCCAGAGCUGACGAGACUGUCCUACGCGACGAGGACAAGACCACAGCCUCGCUUGUUCGCGAGUUCGAAGCUUCCAAAAUCAUAGAAAGUCCGCGAGAUUACCAGGUAGAGCUCUUCGAAAAGGCGAAACAAAAAAACGUCAUCGCUGUCCUUGACACAGGUUCCGGCAAGACACUUAUAGCUGCUCUCCUUCUGCGGCACAUGAUCGACAAGGAGCUGGAAGAUCGCUCCCAAGGAAAACCGGCCCGCCUGUCUUUCUUCCUCGUUGACAAAGUUGCUCUUGUUUUCCAACAGCAUGCCGUGCUAGAAUGCAACUUGAGCCACUCUGUGGCCAAGUUCUCCGGCGACAAGGUCGAUUUGCGAUGGACAUCCAAGUCUUUCUGGGACGACGUCCUCCGCGAUAACAUGGCCAUUGUCUGCACGGCGGACAUUCUACUGAAAUGUCUCCACCACUCGUAUGUUUGCAUGGAACAGAUAAACCUCCUGAUAUUUGACGAGGCGCACCACACAAAGAAGAAUCAUGCAUAUGCUCGAAUAAUCAAGGACUUUUACGCGCACGAAUGUCCAAGCAACCGCCCAAAAAUCUUUGGAAUGACCGCGUCCCCUGUGGAUGCUCGAACAAACAUUGCACAAGCUGCAGAAGAGCUCGAGGCCUUACUUCACAGCGAGAUAGCCACCGUGUCAAACGACUUGCUGCUUCAUUCUGUCGCGAAGCCCAAAAAGGAAUGGGUUCUUCACUAUCAUGUCUCUCUCAGACCCCCAUUGACCGAGCUGACCGAAAAACUUGGACGACUGGUUGGGGACCACCGGUUGUUUGCCAAAAACUUCCACUUCGCUCGCGACGGCCUCAUUUACCUCGGGCCCUGGCUUGUAGACCGCUUCUGGCAACUCAUAUUCCGUGCAGAAGAGCUUGCAAAGCAAGAAGCCAAGGCCGAAAUAGAUAGCUUGCCGUACAGCACAGCGCUAGGUCGGCUUUCUGGAGCCAGGGAAAUAGACACGAGCGAACCGGCUUUGCCCAAGGGCCUUGGGCAAGAAUCGGCCACAAAUAGCACCAUUGUUGCUGCUGUCAGAGAGGCAAGCCGCUUAGUUCAAGAAUAUGCUUUCAUAAUGCCGUCCAAGCAGAUGUUGUCCAACAAAGUUCGGCGACUACACGAAACCCUUUCCGACGAGUACUCCAAACUUGAUGGAAGAAAGACCAGGUGCAUUGUUUUCGUUGACCAGAGCUUGGCGGCUUACACUCUGAAAUUAUUUGACGACGUCUUCAGCAAAUGGUACAAGGGAACUGCUGCUGAUUUUCCCUACUUGAUUGCUCCUUGUUCGGUGACUCGACAUGGUUUUAUACUCGAUGAGAAGGCGCCCACACGAUCAAUACUUGACUGGGCCGGCAUAAAUGCUGUCAGCCAGGCAACAGACAAUCCUUAUACUGGGAACGAGCCAGAUGCAUUUUUUACCAACAAGUUUGUUUCUGACCCUUUUGAUGGCUCUCGAAAAUUUUACAUGCGCCAUGUUCGUCGAGACUUGAAGCCGCUUGACCCUGUUCCAGAAGGGGUUCCUCAUCCAAAGCACAGAAUGUGGAACCGCAACGGAACCAAGCAUGAUAUCUUGAACUACAGUGUGAGCCUGUGGUCAAAAGCGAGAAGCAAAAUGUCGAUCAAAGAAAACCAACCGGUUGUGGAAGCCGAAAUUAUUACGAAUAGGCGCAAUCUUCUGGAUGACCGAGUUCACUUAGACAACCCGGAGCAGAAAAUAUGCUUCUUGGUUCUCGAAACCCUCAAGAUCUCCCCUCUGCCUGCCGAAAUUGUGGCAAUGGCGUUCAACAUUCCUGUCAUCAUCCAUCGUAUCGAAUCGACCCUUAUUGCGCUUGAGGCAACAAGCGUGAUUGGAAUACCACGCAUCCGCCCCGAACUGGCGCUUGAGGCAGUCACCAAAGAUUGUGACAACCCGGAUGCCCAAGAUGAAACCCCUCUCAAUUUUCAGGCCGGCAUGGGCAGGAAUUACGAGCGACUGGAGCUUCUCGGGGACUCUUUUUUGAAGUUGGCCACAAGUAUUGCGUUAUUUACGCUUGUUCCUGACAAAGACGAAUUUGAGUACCACGUCCAGCGCAUGUGCAUGAUAUGCAACCGAAACCUAUUUAACAACGCACUUGAUAUGAAGCUAGAGGAAUACAUCCGAUCCAGAGAAUUCGACCGCACCUGGUACCCUCCGACGAUUGAAGAAGCCGGAAAGUCUACAGAUAACGACAACUACUCAGACAACACCCCUGCGCCUCCUUCACAAAACGGGUUGGUACUUCAGAAGGGUAAACGGACACAGUUGCCUACCCACCAUCCACUCGGCGACAAAACCAUUGCGGACGUAUGCGAGGCCAUGAUUGGGGCGGCCUAUCUCACGACUUACGAAGAGCGGAACUUUGACUUGGCUGUACAGGCCGUUUCUGCUGUAGUAAAAAGCAAACUGCAUCCGAUGCAGUCAUAUGCUGAGUAUUAUACUGCAUACAAGCCACCCGGCUGGCAAUUGUGUCCUUCGACCGCAGCACAGCUGCAUAUGGCGGUAUCCAUUGCAAAGGAUCUUGGCUACCAGUUCAGGUUCCCACGACUGUUAAGAAGUGCUUUCACUCAUCCCUCUUAUCCACGAAUAUAUGAGAAUCUUCCGAGCUACCAGCGGCUCGAGUUUUUGGGCGAUGCCCUGCUCGAUAUGGCCAUCGUCGACUAUCUCUUUCACAAGUUUUCCAACAAGGAUCCGCAGUGGCUCACGGAACACAAGAUGGCCAUGGUAUCGAACCAGUUUCUGGCCUUUCUCAGUGUGUCGUUGGGGUUUCACCGGCACAUUCUAUCGUUUUCGGGAGAGAUGCGGAAGCAGAUACUAGAGUAUGUCACCAAGGUGGAGGAAGAGCGCGUUCGAGCAGAGUCCGAGGCGGUAGAGGCGGGAAGGCCAGCCAGUGAGUUUGCCCGUGACUACUGGGUGCAUGUCACACAUCCGCCCAAGGCGCUUGCAGAUGUUCUGGAGGCGUAUGUCGGAGCACUCUUCGUGGAUUCUGAGUACGACUACCAUGGUACCGUGCUGAAAUUCUUCAACACCCAUGUGCAACCAUACUUCAAAGACAUGAGCCUCUACGACACGUUUGCCAACAAGCACCCUGUCACGUUUGCGGUUAAGAUGCUCAGCCAGCGUUUUGGCUGCCGCGACUGGCGAGUCAUUGUGCAAGAAAUACCGGAUACCGAGGGCGAAGGAUGCGUCACGUUUGCCACAAAAGUAGCGGCCGGAUUUCUCGUGCACGGCCAGGUCGUCGGCCAUGGGAUUGCAGAAAGCGGUCGCUAUGCCAAGAUUGGAGCAGCUAAGAAGGCGCUGGCUAAGUUUAGUACCCUCAGCAUAUCAGCAUUUCAGACCUUGACGGGCUGUCAGUGCAGUUCCGAGCCCGAGGCGGUAAUUGAGACCGACGAAGAACUUUCGACUGCUAUUUGA